GCCUAUUUACGCGACGUCGUUUAGCAGCCAUUGACAUCACUCGAGAGAACAGGUGCUUAGAUCAAUCUGUUUAACCAACUAACGACCCAUUCCGCUAUUCCCCUCCUCUGUACCGUCCUUGCCUCACGUGUCACUGCUCUUUUCUUCUUAGUCUCCACUCUUCAUUACUGAAAGUUCCACCCAGAAGCACAUUUUCGCAUCUCAACUUAAAUAGGUCAGGUGUUAGGUUUAUGUUAAGUAUCUUAAAGGGGUAUUGCGAUAAGGAAAGGGAAAAUGAGAAAGAGGCCCAAUAGUAGUUCUGCUGCUAAAUCAAAUUCAUCUACCAGUGGUGAUACAAGUGAUAAAAAGGGACCCCAGAACAGUGAUGAUGUAGUAGUGGCUGCUAAGAGGUCAACUUUUGUGGUUCUGACAUUGUUUGUGCUGGUCGUAAAUGGGAGUUGGGCUAUUUAUCAUUACCAGUUUGAGAGUCUGCCAGCUCCACUUUCGGCUGUGCAGGUGGGUAAGAGAGGAUUUUCUGAGCUUGAGGCUAUAAAGCAUGUCAAGGCAUUGACUCAAUUUGGUCCUCACCCUGUUGGUUCUGAUGCUCUGGACCGUGCUUUGCAGUACGUCUUGGCAGCAUCAGAGUCGAUUAAGAAAACUGCUCAUUGGGAAGUUGAUGUGGAAGUUGACUUUUUUCAUACAAGAUAUGGAGCUAAUCGUCUGGUUAGUGGCCUUUUUAAGGGCAAAACUCUUGUUUAUUCAGAUUUGAAUCACGUUGCUAUGAGAAUCCUGCCCAAAUACGCCACUGAAGCUGGGGAGAAUGCUAUUCUUGUCUCCUCCCAUAUUGACACUGUUUUUUCUGGGGAAGGAGCAGGUGAUUGCAGUUCUUGUGUUGCUGUUAUGUUGGAGCUUGCGCGAGGAAUUUCUCAGUGGGCUCAUGGAUUUAAGCAUGCUGUUAUAUUCUUAUUUAAUACUGGGGAGGAGGAAGGGCUAAAUGGUGCUCACAGCUUUAUAACUCAGCACCCUUGGAGUGAUACAGUAAGAAUGGCUAUUGAUUUGGAGGCAAUGGGUAUCGGCGGAAAGUCUACCAUUUUUCAGGCUGGUCCUAAUCCGUGGGCAAUCGAAAACUUUGCAGCUGUAGCAAAGUAUCCAUCUGCUCAGAUUGUUGCACAGGAUCUCUUUUCUUCUGGGGCAAUAAAAUCUGCAACCGAUUUUCAAAUAUAUAAAGAAGUUGCUGGACUUUCUGGACUUGACUUUGCAUUUCUUGAUGACACUGCCGUAUACCACACAAAGAAUGACAAAUUAAAGCUUCUGAAACCGGGUUCUCUUCAACAUCUUGGAGAAAAUAUGCUCGCUUUUCUGCUUCAAGCUGCUGCGUCUUCUCAUCUUCCUCUGGGCAAGGCAGAGGAACAAGAUGGAAAUUCUAGCAGAGAUGCUGCUAUAUAUUUUGACAUUUUGGGAACAUAUAUUGUUGUAUUUCGUCAACGGUUAGCCAGCAUGUUCUACAACUCCACAAUUAUGCAGUCACUUUUGAUAUGGGUUACAUCAAUCAUGAUGGGUGGUUCUUCUGCACUAAUCUCACUGGCUUUGUCAUCUUUGAGUAUCAUACUCAUGUGGAUAAGCUCCAUUGCUUUCGCUGCUGUUGCUGCCUUUUGUCUCCCACUUGUAUCUGCAUCACCAGUUCCAUAUGUUUCAAACCCUUGGCUGGUGGUUGGUUUAUUUGGUGUACCUGCUCUGCUAGGAGCAUUCAUUGGCCAACAUCUAGGAUAUCUGAUUCUGCGUAGAUACUUGUCAGCUGUAUACUCAACAAGAUAUAGGGACCUUUCUUCUUCUGUUCAAGCUGACAUUGCUAAGUUAGAUUCUGAAAGAUGGCUCUUUAAGGCAGGUUUAAUACAGUGGCUUCUGCUCCUGAUACUGGGAAACUAUUAUAAGAUUGGAUCUACUUAUUUAGCUCUUGUUUGGCUGGUUUCACCUGCAUUUGCAUAUGGGUUGCUUGAAGCUACUCUAUCACCAGCUCGGUUGCCUAAACCACUGAAAACUCUGACCUUGGUGAUUGGCUUGUCUUUUCCAUUUCUACUAUCUUCUGGUAUGAUUAUAAGGUUGACAAGCAUAAUGGUUGGAUCUACAGUUCGUUUAGAAAGGAAUCCUGGUAGCAACCCUGAGUGGAUAGGGAAUAUUGUGGUUGCAAUUCUUAUUGCUGCAAUUGUGUGCCUUACGUUGGUGUAUCUUCUGUCAUAUAUUCACAUCUCAGGUGCAAAGGUGCCAAUCAUCAUUAUAACCUCUAUCCUCUUUGGCCUUUCAAUUUGUUCGGUAGUAGGUUUUCUUCAGGCAUUUACUGAAGAUACUGCCAGAGCUGUGAAUGUUGUCCAUGUUGUGGAUACGACAGGAAAACAUGGUGGAAAACAAGAACCAGACUCCUAUGUUUCACUGUUUUCAACAACUCCUGGAAACUUGAUUAAAGAGGCUGAAAAGAUUGGGAAGAAAAUGGUUUGUGGCAAGGAUAAGAUGCCUGAUUUUGUCAGUUUUUCAGUGAACUACAGCUGUUGGAUUGAUGAGGAUGUUUUAGCUGGGUGGGACAAAUCUGAUAUCCCCGCAAUUCAUGUCGAGCGUGAUAUGAUGGAUGAGAACAGAAUUACUGAAAUCUCAUUGGACACAAAAUUUUCCAGUCGAUGGACUCUUGGAAUCAAUAUGGAAGAAAUUGAAGAUUUCCAGUUGAAAGAUGUGGGCGAGUCUGAGGAGUUAAUUCCGCUUGGUGGCAAGACAAUUGUGGAUGGAUGGCAUAUCAUUCAGUUUUCAGGUGGCAAGAAAGCGCCAACCAAGUUCAGCCUGACUCUUUCCUGGAUAAACGAAAAGCACGGUCCUGAGGGCAGUAGGGGAGAACGUCCACUUCUGAAGCUGAGAACAGAUGUUGACAGACUAACUCCACAAACACAAGAUGUUCUUACGAAGCUGCCUCCUUGGUGUUCAUUAUUUGGGAAAUCCACAUCUCCCCACACCUUAGCUUUCUUGAGCAGUCUCCCUAUUGUUUUCUAGGCAUUUGGAAAUAGAAUUCUUGCCUUGCGACUCCCCAGCUAAAUGUUGCCUGCAGAGAACAAGAGACACACCUUCGCCAGAAGAAUACACUAGUACUACUGUUUUUGUCUAGGAAACUUGGAUUCAAUUGCAAAACCCUGUGAUCACUACUUGCCAAAAAAAAAAAAAAGAAUGUACUCGUAGAA